UAUCAUACAUUAUGGAAGAGUCAAAAAUGGAUAAGCAUUAUAAUCGGACUGAUCUCAUUUCACGCUAUAAUACAAUACAACAAGACAGUGAUGUAGAAACACUCGAGCUUUUAACUGGAAAAUAUAAAACUUUUGGAAACAAAAGUAUUUCGAGGCCUGAAUUUCCUGCUCUACCUCCAAUUAAUUUGAAUAGAGUUGUUCUACCAAUGGAUUAAGAGACUCAAUCGAACUUUCUAUUAGUCCUAAUCGUCAAACUCCUAAAGUCCAAGAGCUUGGGUCUUUCACUGAAAAUAAAAUUGUGCCGAGAGCAAAAGUCAUUCAUAUUGGAGGAAACUCGAAGAGGAUUGAUAUUUCCAGUGUUCAUAAUUUGACAUCUAGCAAUAGUGCACACUACAUAAAUCCUCGAGAGAAAAUAGGAAGUGAUCCAGUAAUAGAAAGAAUUAUCAGAGUUCCUGAUCAUAUUGCAUUAGCUGACAAACCAAGAAUUUUGAGAGAUCUUAAUAAUUCAAGGAAACGAAGAAGAAGAUUGAUUAUUAAUAAACUAACUGACACAGAAGAGUCUUCUUCAAGCACAAAUACAACUCUAGUUCAAGGUUUCGGGAUGCGACCAGUGAAAAAGCCAGCUUUAAUUUAUACUGAUGGAUAUAACGUUAAAACUCUUUCUAAUACACCACAAAGCACUUUAUUAAAAAAAAAACCUCAAAUAUUCAUCAACAAAUAAAACGAAACAUCAAGAAAUUCAGGAAGAGAAAAGUUUGACUGAAGAGGAUCUCAAAAGGCUAGCUUUUAUAGAGAGGAAAAAGAAUGAAAGAGUCAAAAAUAAAACAAUACUUCAGCUAGGAUACAAAGCCAGUGCAUCUGAAGUUGAGAGCAUACCAUCACUAGAGAUCCUUCCAAAGGAAGAAUCCAAAUUAAAUGACAAGAUCACUAAAGUAGUCCUACCUAAGAAGAACAACCCUUUCAAUUAUAAAGAGAAAAAUAAACUAAAGAAGCAGAAGAAUUUGUUGAAUGAGAGAAUAUCUUCAAAUCCAAGCAUAUCAGACUCAAUAAAGCGAAUACAGCCUCGAGUGAAUCAAGGCCCACCUGCUAAGGAGAUUCCUAAGCCACCCAAGUCAAAGAUAAAAGAGCCUGUUAAAGAAAGAAAGCCAUUGUAUGACAUUGAUGAGCUUAUGAAACAGAAGAAUAAUUAUAAGACUUUUGAUAGACUUGCAAUUCAAAAUAUACAGGAAAGGCAAGAUAAAGAAAAGUCAGAGAGCAUGAUUGAUAGACGGCUUGACGAUUUCAAAGCACAUCUUAAAGCAAGGAAAGAAAAAUUAGCAGAAAACAGGAGGAUGCAAGAAGAACAAAUGAGGAAGACUAUUGAAUUAAGCUCAAUCUCUAAUAUAAAUAAGACAAAAGAAGAGCCAGCUGUUAUCAAAAUCCAAGAUGAAGAGCAAUCAAUCAGUAGAGUGGAGUAUCGAUAUAACAGCGGGAAUGACUCUGAAACAAAGAUUGUACGAGCUAAGAGGAAAUAUAAAAAGCGAAGAAAAAGACCUAAAAAUAUGCAUGCUAUUCGAAGAAAGCUAAAUAAAUUUAAAAGUUUCAACGAGCUGGAUGAAGAUCAUAAAUUUUCAAGUGAGAUUAUGGCAGACAGCGAACCUCAAAUCAUGAUUCAGGAUGAUUCGUCAAAUAUUGCUCUUCAAGAAGUAGAGGAAAGCUCUCUGGAAAUCGAAGAGAGAAGUAUUUCACCAGAGAGAGAAGUUGAAUUUAAAUCUGUGAUAAAUUCUUUAUCAAAACUACCUCCAAGAAGUAGCGCUCCAGUCAAGAAAAGAGUCAAAGAUUUGAAUCUACUGAUCUAUAAACCUCAUGAAAUUCCCAGGAUUAGAGUUGAUAGAAAUAGCUAUGCUCUUGAUAAAGAAUAUAAUAAUAGAGUUAAGAGAGAGCAGUUUAAUGAACUUGUGGAAAAAGAUUUAGGCACUCGGUAUAAUAGCCUUGGUAGCAGUAUUGAGCUCAAUCUUAGUAAAUCAAGAGGGAUGUUCUCUCAACCUUAUUACGAGCCAGGGAUCCAAACUGUGAUGUCCCAAGAAGAUCUUAUAGAUUUAAAAUUUCAAGAACUUCUAAGAAAGAAACCUCAACAUAUUUUCUACUAACACCCUAAACGAACCACAAUCUAACAUCCUAAAUACUCUC